AAGUAAAUAUUUUCUAGACAUGUUAACCUUAUUUUUCUUGGAAAUUUAGAGGCUCUUAUCGAUGUGGUCAACUAAUCGCUUCUUUUAAGGAAUUUUAAUCUUCUAGAUCUUAAAUAGAAGAUUUUUUUUUAGUUUUGUUUACUCAAAGGAUCAAAAAUGGCGAUUUUUAUGAUUUGAGAAAAAUGGGAGAACGCAAAGGAACAAACUUAUACUAUCCACCGGACUACGAUCCGCGUAUGGGUGGAUUAAACAAAUUUAUGGGUACCCAUGCCCUCCGUGAGCGAGCACGUAAAUUACAUAUGGGAAUAUUAAUAAUAAGAUUUGAAAUGCCAUUUAAUAUAUGGUGUAAUGGAUGUAACAAUCAUAUUGGCAUGGGAGUAAGAUAUAAUGCCGAGAAGAAAAAAAUAGGAAUGUACUACAGCACUCCGCUGUAUAUGUUCAGAAUGAAGUGUCAUUUGUGUGAUAAUCAUUUUGAAAUAAAAACUGACCCAGCUAAUCUAACUUAUAUAGUAGAAACUGGAGCGCGUCGCCAAGAAAAUCGUUGGGACCCAACAGAAAAUGAACAGAUUGUACCAGAAGAAAAAGAAGUAUCAAAAAGACUCUAUGAUGAUCCGAUGUUCAAAUUGGAGCACUCGAUGGACGAUAAGAAGAAAGCUAAAUCACAGAAUACUACUUUAAAUGCUAUAAUUGCUAAUAAUGAACAGUUUAAAGAUGACUAUGCGAUAAAUUCUUCGCUACGAGCUGCAUUUAGAGUGAAGAAAAAAGAAUUACAAGAACGUAAAAGCUUGUCAUUAAAAAUGGGGCUAUCGAACGUAAACCUCGUUGACGAACACGCUGAAGAUGUAAAGCUAGCUCAACUAUUGAUGCAGAAUAAAAAAAGUAAUGGGAACAAAUCAAUUUAUUCGCCUUUAAAAAGGCUCGUAAAUUCCAGCCAUGUUCAUAAAAUUAAAAAACAAAUGGCACCCUCGACUUUGAAGGUGAGUAUAGUCAAAAAAGAUAAAAUUCAAGGAGAUAGUACUUGCAAAGCAAGUACUAAAUUAAGUACUAGUACUUCUCUAGUUAAUUAUGAUUCAUCUAGCUCCGACAGUUCAUAAAAUAAAUUAUAAUAAAAAUAAUAAGAUUUA